AUGGCCCGGCUCUCCGUCAAGGACCACCUGGACGGGAUCCUUUCCGACUUCGAAGCACUCAAGAAGUCGUUUGAGGCAGAGGAUGGGGAUGAGGCGCCCGGCUCCCCACUGGUGUUGCCGCUGUCCUCGGGCACCGACGAGAACCAGCGGUCGCUGCAGUCCAGCCACCCCCCCUGCUCGGGCACUGCCGCCGGCCCCAGCCCAGCGCCCAGCCCCGUGCUGCAGACCCGGCUCAGUGCCAGCCGUGCCACUGGCCGAGCCAACGGCACUGCCGGCACCGGCAUCGCCCGCACCGCCUCCUUCCAGACCUGCCAGGCCUCUGCCACGGGGCCGGGAAGCGAUGGCGAGAGCCUGCGCAGCUCAUCCUCCAGCCUGGAGAGCCCUGCACCCACCAGGCCCCUCCUGCCACCAGGCACCCCCCCAGCCACCAGCCCUGGCCUGAAGAAGGUCCCAUCCCAUGGAAGCGUUUUCCCAGGGACGCUGGAUCACCCUCUCUGUGGGGCUGCCGCCAGCCAUGGCUCACUGCCAGCGCUGGACCUGCACAUCGCCGAGGAGCCAGGGACCCCCGUGCCAGACCCCUCGCCGUGGGGCACCCCGAGCCCUGCACCCCAGCCUCGCACCCACCAGCCUUCCUCCUCCUCCUCCUCCUCCUCCUCCUCCCUGGCCCCGUACAAUGGCACAGAGGCAGCGCCAGGGCUGCCCACAGUCCCCGAGGGGCCGGGGGGGUGGGACGUGGCCCCCCGCAUGCUGCCCCGGCCGCAGCUGAGGGUCACCCUCAGUGCCAGCCCCAUCCCGUCCCGCCGGCACCCGCCGCUGUGCUGGGGCCAGGGCGAGGCAGCGCCGGCCCCCGCCGCCCCCUCCCCGGGGAGGGUCGAGGGGCUGCCCCCACUGCCAGCCCCCCAAGCCGCCACCUUCAAGCUGGUGUCACAGCCACAGACGGUGCAAGUGAGCUCCCAGCCCGCCUUCCUCGGGGGGCUGGUGCUGGUGCCGACAAUGGGGACACUGGCAGCGCCCCGUGGAGCCAGAGGGAACCCCCCCAGCACCGGGCUGGUGGGACCACGGGGACCCUGCGUGGUGGCAGCAGCUCCCAGCAAGGCUGCAGACGGCAGCGGGGCAGCGGGGACACCAGAGCACGGGAGCAGCUUGGAGCCCGAGGAGUGCAGCAUGGAGCCGCCGGCCGCGCCGGAGGAGGAGGAGGAGGAGGUGCCCGUCCCCGUGGCGCCUGGCCCGGUGGGUUGCCAGCUCUUUGGAUAUGUGGGAAUUGAAGCCGUGCUCGACCAGAUGAAAAUCAAAACCAUGAAGACGGGCUUCGAGUUCAACAUCAUGGUUGUGGGGCAGAGUGGGCUGGGGAAGUCAACAAUGGUGAACACCCUCUUCAAGUCCAAGGUGAGCCGCAAAUCCUCGCAGCCCGGGCAGGAGGAACGUAUUCCCAAGACAGUGCAGCUCCAGUCUAUCACCCAUGUCAUCGAGGAGAAGGGGGUGAAGAUGAAGCUGACAGUGACGGACACGCCGGGGUUUGGAGACCAGAUCAACAAUGAGAACUGCUGGGACCCCAUCAUCAAGUACAUCAACGAGCAGUACGAGAGGUACCUACGGGAGGAGAUCCUCAUCACCCGCAAGAGGAAGAUCCCAGACACUCGGGUCCAUGGAUGUGUCUACUUUGUCCCCCCCACAGGUCACUGGCUGCGCCCACUGGAUCUGGAGUUCAUGCGGCGGCUCAGCAAGAUUGUCAACGUGGUGCCAGUGAUCGCCAAAGCCGACACACUCACCCUGGAGGAACGGGCAGAGUUCAAGCAGCGGAUCCAGGAGGACCUGAAGACCCACGCCAUCAGCGUGUACCCACAGGAGGACUUUGACCAGGACCCUGAAGACAGGGCACUGAAUGACAGGAUUCGGGAGAAGAUCCCCUUUGCCGUGGUGGGGGCAGACCAGGAGCACCAGGUGAAUGGCAAGCGGGUGCUGGGCCGCAAGACCAAGUGGGGCAUCAUCGAAGUGGAGAACCCAGCACACUGCGAGUUCCCCCUCCUGCGGGACCUGCUGAUCCGGUCACACCUGCAGGACCUGAAGGACAUCACUCACAAUGUCCACUACGAGAGCUACCGCGUGCGGCGGCUGAAUGAGAGCAACCGGCCAGUGCUGAGCCCCCUCAACGGGCUGCCUGGCAAAGGUGAGGGUGGCAGCCACCUCUGAGCCACCUCAUGCCCCCCAGAGCCACCACUGGACCCCGUGGCAGUGCCCACUCCUGCCCACCAUGGCUGUGCCCAGACCCUGCCUGGGGUGAGGAGCCCGUGUUAAUUUGGGCUGAGGUGACCCCUGACAGUGCCCAGCUGCCCCGAUGUGGGUCCCUCAUCCCCAAGCUCUGCCGUGGGCACAGACCCCAUGGACCCUGUGUGACAUUAAAGGUCAGGCUGGAGCCUUCAGCCUUUGCCAUCAUCCUC